CACUGCACGCUCCACACAUGCCCAGUGUGUAGCUGGUCACCACGGAGAGAUUACAUCGGCCGUGUGGGCCCCAGAACAGAAGGGUGAAUUAUUCCAAUUACUUCCUGGCCAUUCGUUCAUUAUUCAGGAGUUUCUAACAUUAGCCAGCGGGUUUCCCUUCUGUGGGAAUUUCUUCUGGGUUAUACACACACAUUUGUCAUAUGUAUGUGUGUACGUGUGUUUGUGGGAUACAUGGACGCUAGGUUUGGAUAGUGGUGACAAAAUAAAAACUUUCAAUAUCUUUCUUGAUUCACGGAGUUUAUAUAUGUGCGAGAGAUGGAACCACAGAGGGACAAGCAUGCAGGAUUCCUGUCGUCUGCUGCCACAGGUGCCAGACUCCAGGCGAUCGUGUCGUCCAGUGAUGACGAUGCUUGUGACGAUUACGUGGACGGCGAGACGGAAGUAGAUCCAAGAGUUAAGAUUGAAUUAGAUAUUUUAAAUCAGUCCGCGUCAGACGUCAACUGUUUAGAGAAAGAAAUAGAUGAGGCCCGAGGGAAGUACCAGACGACCUUCACCGAGUGCACCCACCAACUGGAGACGCUGAAGAAGAAGUACGGUGCCAGCAUCAAGCGGGCGAGGCCGUACUUUGAACUGAAGGAACGGGCAAAGCAGGCACAGUGUGAAGCUUUGAGAUCUGCCAGAAAGUUCCAGUCCGCCAACAGCGUGUACCUGGCAGCUAAAGAAACGAUCUCAUUGGCUGAGCUCCGGUUGAUGGAUGACAAGACUGUCAGCCUAUCUAAGGCCUGGCAGGAGAUGCUCAAUCAUGCUGUACUCAGGGUAAUGGAGGCAGAAACAGAGAAAUCACUCAGCGAGAAGGAACAUUCCAGGAGGGCGUCCAUCUUUGCCGAGAUGGAGAAAAGUUUGCAGGAACUGGAGAAGAAAAAUAAAAGAUCGAUACUAAAAGCAAGAACAUAUUUUGAAACAAAACAGGAACUUGAAAUCAAGCUACAGCAAGUAAAGCUAGCAGUAGAAGAUCUCCAGCAAGCAAUGAAGGCAGCGAAACAAAAAUAUGCUGCAGCUUUAAGACGCUUGGAGCAUAUUUCAAACAGCAUCCACGAGAAGAGGCGGAGGAACCUGAUUCUAAUGUACCCACGGGAGCCCGGGGUGGGGGCAGAGGAAUCGUUUCAGAUCUCAGAACAAAAAUUGCCAGCCCUGUUCACGGAUGGUGAUGGCUCUGAGUGUUACCAUGACGACUACGAGCAGUUUAAAGAAGACUCCGACGACAACUCUAUCGACAACGAGAGCGUGUUCCGGGCCAAAAUUCUCUCCAUCUCUUUAGACGAAGAAGACACCUCAUUCAUGUACAACAAACACACCAAAAUGGCCAGACGGAGAACCCUCUCGCUGCCGCUGUUCCCAGACCUGACGAAUCAAACAAAUGACAGUUUACCGUCUGAUAAAAUCUUAGCGGGUGAGCAAGAAUUCUGUGGUAAGUCCGUGCCUUAUUCAGACAGGGCGGAUUGCUCACCUCCCGAUGGAGACUCUCUGAGCAGUGAUAAGGACAGCAAUUGUGAGAGUCCCUAUUCACAGGAUUGUGAAACGACAAAAACUUUGGCUGACUCUUCAGUAAAGGAAGUUAAAAAUGUAAACUCUGAAAGUUCGAGCGGAUCUUCACAGACAGAGGAGUUUUCUGAAGUGGCUUUAGUUGUUUGCAAGGACGCAUUAAAUACUGAUCUCUGUUAGCUAAUGUAAUUUGUACAUUUGAUUAAAUAUGUACAUUUUCUUAGUGUGUACACAUUAUAAUAUAAAUGUGAAUACAUUUUAUUGUUGAAAUAGUAAAUCUCAAUUAGAGAUUUUAAAAGAUGAAAAAUUAAGUAUCAGGUAAGUCCAAUUACCAAUAAUUGUUCUUUUACAUUUUAGUAAAGAUGUUUCAGUACUUUCAGCAUUGCUCUUGAAGCAAACUCCUUCUAUAGAUAUUUGAUCUUUUCAUUUGUUUGUUGAAUGUGGUAUUUUUGUUUACUUUCCAAACAUUUACUUUUCAAAUUUUAUUUUCUGUUACAUCACAUUCCAAAGAAAUUUAUAAAAUUCCACAAAUAUUGAUAUUUAUACAUACGGGAUUAUGCAAUAA